UUAUGCAUUUUUUCUUUUUCCUCAUUUUUGAUAUUUUUGUCUUUUGAAAACAAAACUUUUUCUAACAUUAACUUCAAUAUAGUUUUACUUUUUGAUUUUAUCUUUGAAUAUUUUAAUAUAUAUCAUAUUUUUUACGCAUUAUGGAUGUCGGUGGAGAGCGACGUGGUUCACUCAAAUCGUCGACUGGACGUAGAUUAAGUGCGGCAUUCACAGUUCCACAAGCGCGGCCGGUUUUGAAAUAUCUACCCUCAUAUCGUUUGGAUCCGAAAUAUCCGCUAAAUAAAGAAGUAUGCGAGAAAAUUAUGCGCGCCGUGAUGGACAAUGCAUUCGAAAAUUUUAUGUAUUCGCCCAAAACAUCACUAACAUUGUGUGCACAAAUCAGCGAAGAGAUUAAGAAUCGUAUAAAAGCGCAACACUACGAUCGUUACCGUUACAUUUGUGUUGUGUCCAUUGGUGAAAAGGUCAUGCAGGGUUAUUGCUCGCUGGUAAAUUUUCUUUGGGAUGCAGAAAAGGAUGGUUACAUUUCCUACGUCUAUGACACGCCAAAAUUUUUCGGUAUCGCAACACUUUACUACCUUUAUUAUGAUUAG